UUUCAUUUAGCUAAUUUUAGCGCCAAUAAUCUGCUGUUAGUUUAGGAUGUUAACUUUGCUCUGCUAAGUUCUGCAUGACUUUGGAGUUUCCUUACUCCCGUGUUACAAAGAAGCGCGAGUGGGAGGGCGAGCGAUGAUGCAACCGCGGGCAACACUUGAGCAUAGGAGAGAAAGAAAAUGUGCCACAUAUGCACACUGACAUGGCAGCACGGUCGAUUACAACUACAUAAUGCUAACGGAUGGUUGACCCGACGUUAUGGUAUUGCAACAUUUUGCUGAAAAAAAUGAGUUUCUGCGUUGAGCAUCUGUUUAGGCACACAGCUGCACUCUGUGAGAUUCAGUCUCAUCACACUUAUACCAAAACCAGCUCUGCGAAUCCCGACAGUAUAGGUCGGAGAGGUUUAGAGACAAACAGAGGAAGUGGAUCCAAAUGAGCAAGCAGCUGCAACAGAAGAUAACCAAUACAACUCAGAACGGUGUCAGUGUUAUACAGAAUCAAGCUCAUAAUAGUACAAUCAACCCCACCAGCACAGCAGGACUGCAGCAGGUUCCUCAGUUAGUCCCAGUGGGUCGCGCAGGUGGGGGUAAAGCCACACCACCCAGCAAAAUGAAGAAAACGGGUAUGGACAAAGACAGCGACGAGUACCGUCAACGAAGAGAACGUAACAACCUGGCAGUAAAGAAAAGCCGCAUGCGCAGCAAGCAGAAGGCACAGGACACCCAGCAGCGUGUCAAUGAGCUUAAGGAGGAAAAUGAGAGACUGGAGGCCAAAAUCAAAUUGCUCAGCAAAGAACUGAGUGUGCUCAAAGACCUGUUUCUGGAGCAUGCUCACAACCUCGCAGAUAACGUGCAGCCCCCUGCUUCUGGUGGAGGCCCUGGAGACCUCUGCAACAACAACAACAAUAACAAUGGCAGUAACAGCAGCAGCCAGUGAAGGCCUAUCGUUGACCUGCAGUGUGUUAUACUGUGGGCUGCACUGAGGCUUAUAAAGCAGAGCAUUGUACUUAAUCGUUUUGCGCUUUCUUUUUUUCUAGAAUCUCUACUGUCUGCAAUAUUUAACUUAUGUCUUCUCUUGUACACUUAAAUUCGGUUUCAAACGUAUUGUCUCAUGCUGAGACUUAUGGCAUCAUUGCCAUAGCAACUACACCAAGUCCAACCCACGCUCUGAUUUGAUCUGCUGGAGAUAUCCAUCUUUUUAUAACCAUCCAUUUUAAAGCACGUUUCAGUGUCUUGAAACGAAGCAGUUUCAUAGUGGAUUGUGAAUGCUUGUCAAUAGAAAUUUUUUAAGUGUGACCAAAGUAGGUUACAAACAUUAGAUAUGUAACAGUAAUAUAAUAUAAAGUGUUUUAUAAGUCCACAGAAAUGUACUGGAAUUGGGGUUAUCUAAAAAUGAAAUUAAGGACUGCUCCAGUAGAAAAAAGCAACUGACUAUGUCUUGCGUUUCACCUUGUGUUGAAUAAAUUCAUUUGUUGACCAUGUCUCAUAAAAUAGCAAAUACACUGUUGUAUCCAUAGUAACAGACUCCAGACAGACAAAACGUAUUGCGUCAGACUCUAGACAGUGUCUGCAUUAACGGUAGCCCUUAAAUCCCUACAGUUAAGCCUCUAAGUCUGACGAGGGCGGAGGAGAAAUACAGUGGAAUAUUAGUUGUAGUCUGAAUGUUAGGGUGUUGGUAGAUAAAUUAACAAAGUUAUUUUAUGAUACCAACUCUACUUCUGUCUGUGUAAAUACCGAUGGCGGUUUAGAUCAAAACACCCUUGGAAUGAAAACAGGCCUAAACCGGUGUUGAACUUUUAAAGUCAACCACUGUAUUUCAGUCAUUUUGUUUCUCUGACUUGAUCAGUAUGUGUGAAGUGCAUAUCUGUAGCAGCAGGUGCUACUUUUUGUUAUUGGAUCAGCUUGGUAAUGUAGCCAAAUGGCUUUUGCCCUCAUUGAUUCUCAUAGGCGUUCUUGGAGUUGCUGUAGAAAGACUUUUGUACCUCAGGCUAUACGUCAUAGCCUCACCGGACAGCCUUUAAGAUCUAUAUUCCUGUUUAGGAGACAAUUAAAGCGGGGUCUUGUUAGAUGUCUGAAGCAUCUUUGAUUCUAUUGUAUAUUUUCAUUUUCUAUAUCUGAAGUUUUAAACAUUUAAAACAAGCAUGAAAGGUAAUGCAUGAUUAGCAAAACGGUAUGCUAUGAAUUAGAACAAAGUUUUGUAUUGUAUCGGGCUGAGCUAAAAUAAAGCUACUGUGUAAAACUUCCUAAAAAAAGUCAAUAUUUUAAUUGAAUAUUUGAUUGGCAUAUUUUGCUUAAGUAUGAGGGUUGCUGGGCAACUUGCUUUUUUACAUGAUGUAUACUGGGAUUUUUGUGCAUUGUAAAUUAAAAUUGAAUAUAAAAUA